GCUCGAUGAAGUCGAGUGAGAGAGGGACGCCGGCUGCCGCGGGGGAAGCUUCUCUGGAUCUUGCAGAAAUCGAAAGAAAUAGGAAGAUCAUCGCAGAGCUUCGUGCGAAGAUCAGAGAGAAAGAGGAUAUAAUACACGCAGCGCGGGCUACGACUGAACCAAGCCCACCAUGA